CCGAGGUCGCCGGUUCGAGUUCCGUGCUUGCAUGGACGAGGGCUGAGGCCCAGAGGUUCUUGAAAUCUUUGAAAUGAUGAAGGAAGCUGGAUGUUUGCCGAAUGCUGUUACGUUUUUGACCUUGAUUGGAGGAUGUGUAAAAGGUGGGCAAUCCCAAGGGGUUGCUGCACGACUUGUUGAUGAGAUGGUGGAUGCUCAGUGCAAACCCAUUCCGUCACUGUCAUCUGCAGUGAUAUCAGCUUGCGUAGCCCUUACGAAGAAAGAGAUUUCCCAAGUUUGCCAGAAGAUGUCCGACCUUGGGGCGGCGAUCUUUUCACAUGUUGCCAAGCUGCUUCUCCAAGAUGACCUGGACCAUCAGCAGGUGAAGGAGACUGCGGUGGAGAUGCUUGGAGAAAUGGGAAGGGAAUGGGGAAAAGUGUUCAAGGCGCGUUUUUUGGGCGCGGUUUGCCAUGCACUCUGGCAUCAGGGCUUAGAAACUCGGGCAACGAUUGUGCUCAGUUGUGGCAUGGAAGCCUCCCUUGUGCCUCUCGGUACAUGCGUGUUCGAGGAGGACACAUGGGUGCUUGAUCUCAGAUCCAUGUCAGCUGGCAUUGCAAUCACCAUAUGGUGGCUGUGGCUGAGGGCAAUUCAGAAGAUCCUUGCGGAGUGGAGAACGGGUGGAGAGAGGCAAUGGGAGGUGUCCGAUCUCUUUCCACUGCUGCCGCCAAAUGUUGUCUGGAACACGGGGAUGCAACAUCCAGUUUUGUCGGCAGAGUCACAGACCCCAGGCCACGGCGUGAGUCGGAGCAAGGAUACGGAUGAAAGAGUAGAUCAAGAAGGUGCCCCUCGGGGUGGCAAGGUGGUCGUCAGGUUCAGCUGUCUCCCGACGGAGCUAGUGUUGGUGACUGGCAUAGGCAGGGGCAGAGGCGAUGAGAUGGAUGGCGGCAUAGGUGGGAUGAGGGAGGUGUUUCAGACAGAGCUGGAGAGGGUGGGUUCUCCAUUUAGGGUCACAACCAAUAGGGGAGAGAUGAGCGCAUCGCUUGGCGCUGUCGUGAAGUGGCUCAGAAGAUCUGGACCAGAGAUAACAAACACAGGUGCAAGGAGAUGAAGUCCACUCAUGGGCAUGUGAAUGUCAUCGUUGCUGGACUGAAGUUGAAGAGAUUGUAUUCGUGUCCAUUGAUACACAGAGAGGAAUCCGCUUUCAGAUGCCUCUUUUGUCUCUCCGUGGUUCUGUCCAAUCCGACACGGUCCAGUGUUGUGGCAAGACAAGGCAUUCUCUGUUGAGAUGUUCUCUUUUCUUUUUUUUCUUCUUUUCGAAACACCAACGUCGAGGGUGGACCCCUGAGGUGGUACGAGCACCACCGGGUACUACCCCGACGCCCGUGGCUCUGAUCUUAUUGGUGGGGAGAAACACCUGCUGGAAACCGGGUCCAGCGUCCCAUACAAAAUAGCCUCACAAGGUCUGGCAGCAUUGCCAACCCCUGGGAAGAGUGGGGAAUGAAUGAUUCAGCCUCUUCAGCGCACACGGGGCCGCGUAUUCCCUGUA